AUGGUCUGUGUAUGUGGAUCAUUCCGAAGCAAGUGGCUGGCUUCGAGAGAAACCAAGUGUUACUGUUCUAUAUGUCUCCGCAUGCGUCUCACCAUGGCCAUCGAAUGUUGUCCAAACAACAGGCAACGCUUAUAAAGGUGCGGCAGUGGAUUUGAACUUUCACCGGCCACUUUUUCUUCGACGUCCAACACAACUGGACGCGCGCACCUCACACUGAGGUUAUUGACCCCGCCGGUACCAUAUUUUCAGCCAUGAUCAGGAGUUUUUUUGUCGUCUGCUCGGUGCGCGAAUUACGUCUGCUUAUGUGAUCGUCUGCUGUGGUGAUGUAACUGGCGAAGGAUGACUUUUGAUCCUUGCAGCUUCCUGCUGAGGGGGAGAAACGCGUUGAGAUGACACUAUGUCAGUAGAAUCCCCACGGAUAUACGAUAGUGGAAGAAACAGCUGGCUUCCCCCUUAACGCUGAGAUAAGGUUCAUUGAAGCGGGGGUUGCCACCAAGUAGCUACGGCCCGUCAGAUAAAGCAGAUAGCACAGAGUGGAAGCGCUCAAUAGCUGAUACAAGCGUCAGUUUGCAAACGCGAUGGAUGUAUAAACAUUCCUAAUAGCCGCAUGGACUGUGUUUGGACAGCUAUGUAGAAAAGUAGGGACAAUAUUAUAUCUGUAUGCCACGGAGGCAACAGAGCCGAUCGAGACAGAUAGCAGACAACCAUUUGAUAGACGAGCAGACGAUAUAAUAUCAAUGUAUAUUUUCCCGGUGUGUUGCAUGUUGAGGACUUGAGUGAAACAACGUCAGGAUAUACGUGUUGUGCUUAAAAUCCACGCCGGAGUUGAGUAACGUUGAUGCAGUGCAGAUGAUGUGGGUGCACACAUGUGCAGGUGGUGCGAUGUAACGCGCAGAGUGCAGUAUCAACGAGGUGCAGACUCCCGACUCGAGCUGGAUAGUAGACUGUAUCUUCUACACCAUUGCCUGACCGACUGGACAAGUUGUUGUACCGAAGCAGGGUGCUAGACGAUUUUUCGGAUGUUGUGUGCGCAGUGCCGGUGGUUGUUAUCGUCAGCUGACCAUGGUUCUAGGGUGGCAAACUAUUACGGAACGACCAUACCACAAACUACCCCCAACAGCCCCCAAGAGAGACGCGCGAUGCAUCUACGCAGUCUGUCUCGCUGCCAGCAUCAUCUCCAUCGUCAUCCUGGCAUACGUGACGUCAUACAAGAUCAACAACGGCCAUUUUGUAAGACAUUUUCAGCUCGGCGGCGUGCAGUCUGCUCACAGUGGAAAUGGAACAGACGAAAGUUCCAUGCAGAUUGUGGGGUUUGUUAAUAAAAAUGGAGAUCAUAUACGAUUAGACUCAAUAAUGGGGUACUCCCCGAAAGGGGUUCUAGAGCUCCGGUGGAAGAAGAACGGUAGCGACAUUAAGCCUGUUGGACCCACGGUCCCUGGGAUUAGUCUGGAGGGCCGGGCCCGCUUGAAUUGUGUAGAUGUGAAUAAAACGUCGGAAAUUCUUAGCAUGGCACCCUUCAACUUUCUUCCAAAUUUUAAGAAUCCAUGUUGGUAUGAACCGAUGGUUAGACCAGAUGUGUAUAACACUAACCAUUUCAAACAUUUUUCAAAGUAUUGCCGGAACUUAUUCAAAGAUUUAACUGAGGAAUGGCGAAAGAAAAUGGAACAAGAUGCCCAGCCUCGGAGACUGCGUUGUCUGCCGUACUUUUUUAUUGCCGGGCAACCGAAGUGUGGGAGCACGGACCUGUACUUUAAGCUGAUGUCACACCCGGACGUCGUUUCUCCUCCUAUGAAGGAGUCUCACUGGUGGGCCAAAAAUAGAUUUGGGUGGCGACUCAAUUUCACGUCAAAAGUUCCAAUCAAUGACUACAUCGACCUGUACGACAAGGCGGCGUUGUUCAUGGAGCACGUCAAUGACCCCAACACAUCAGAGGAACAGGAGGGGUACCACCAGCUGAUUACAGGUGAUGCCAGUGUGUCCACGCUGUGGUUCAAUGACUACUGGUGGCAGCUGCCAGAGAACUGUGGCUUCACGGAACCCAAGUACACGAACGCCCACUACAUCCGCUACCUUAUACCCAAGGCCAAGAUCAUUAUUAUACUGAGGGACCCGACUGAGAGAUUAUAUUCGGAUUACCUCUAUUUCCAAAAACAUCGGAAGUCACCGGACGACUUUCAUCGAGAAGUAUUAAUGGCCAUCAGCUCCCAUGAACGAUGCGUCAAUAAAACAACAAUACGGUCGUGUAUCAAUAACAGGACGAUCGCCAACACAGCCAGGGUGCGGCUCCGGAUCGGGAUGUACUAUGUGUACUUACAGGAGUGGCUGCGUGUGUUCCCUCGACAUCAACUCCACAUCGUCAGACUCGAGGACUACGCCGACGAACCCAUGGACAUACUCAAAGGCAUUUUCAAGUUCCUCACACUCAGAGCUCUGACAUCCGACGAAGAGGAGUCAAUAUUCCGGAAGCCGAUGGUGGCUAACGCACGAAAAUCUAAGGACAGAGACCUGGGUGUGAUGAGAGAAGAUACCAGGGAAAUCCUCAACAAUUUCUACAUGCCUUUCAACCAAAAACUCUCCAUACUCCUGCACGACCCCAAGUACCUGUGGACUCCUUCAUAACCAGUGUCUUCUGUCUCCAUCCAGUGUGUUCACGGCGCCCCCAGUGCUACGCCAGUCACCUAUAGCAGCGCGUCAUGUCCAUACACCUGCGCCCAGGCAAUAGUUUUGCUUGCCAAAAAACCCAACCCAAUUUUCUGACCUUUUAUCUGUAUACUGGAUACUGUUUGGUCCCUCGGGUGUAUGGCAUGCAGGGCAAAUGGACGACGUCCUGGUACGCACGCUUGUUUUGAUCCCCGCCGCAACGAAAUCCAUAUAGCUAAACCUUGUUAAUCCGGAGUUUCUUGUGCAGGAUAAAGAAUGCCCGAUGACGCAUUAUAAAUAGUAUGUUUAUGAUUUUCCCCUUUCCACAAAAACUCCAGAGGCAAGGGGUACAGAGUUCGCGCCAUUGUUUUUAUUACACCAUUACUGUGUAUCAGAAUGAAUUAUCUUUUGAUAUCAAUAUCCAAAUAGCUAUAUGCGGACAACUGCUGGGGACCAGACAUUGUUGAUGAUAUUCCAGUCACUUGUCAAUGGACGUUAACGAUAAAGCACAACUCUCAUUCGUAAGUCAAAGCACGGACAUUGCUAAGCAACGAUAUAUAUGUGCCUAAACAAAUGUAUUUCGUGGAUUUCUGAGAACAUCAAAUACAUAUACUCGAAGGAAACUGAUUGCUUCCUGAUUGUGUUCCACGAGCAAACGUUUGUGGCCAGAUUCCAGACAUUGGUGUAUGCGUGGAAGGAUUUUACGUCCGUGUGGAUGAAUCGCUGACGUCGCGGAGAUCGCUGUUGAAAGGGAGAUAACGCGUGCACUGAAUUGCACAGUUAAAAGUCGGUGAUGUAGCCUUGUGGGUAUAAAGUGUACCCUCGUCACUUCAAAGACCCGGUUCGAUUCCAAAUGUGGGCACAGUGUGCGACGUCCUUUAAUAUUUCCGGAAUAUUUUAGGAAGCGUCGAAAACCACACCCACUGUAUGUCUAAAAUAUGGUAUUACCUUUAGUGAUGAAUUAACUGUGAUGGUCAUCAACUGUCAAACAAUAUUCUUACUAGCAUAAGUGCUACUUUGACUUAACAGCAUCCAUGAUAUUAUUUUAUUAUUUGAUCAGAACUGAUGCUUAGCCUUGUAACUGAACUAUGUGUGGAGUUAUCGGCUCUGGUGAAUGGGAUCCUGAAUUGAGGUCAUGCAACAACAUGUGUAUGAGGAUGUCACACCAGAUUGUCCUGAAGAAGUUCCAGAUUAAACCUGUAUGUCACAGCUGAUGUGCGUAAGGAAGCACCAGAUUGCACGUGUACAACGUGUGUGUACUGAAAGUGUCGAGACUCCGAUCUGACAAUAUUAGAGGCCGCUUUCUAUGAAAAGCUUACUAGUAAUUUCUUCUGUGAAGGCACUCGUUUAUCCAGACUGUAUAGAAACACACGCUAUAUCUGUUUCAAAUACGACAUCAUGGAUCUUCAUACAUUAAUCUUGUACGGGGAUAUUCUAAUAUGAAAACCAGCCCCAGGUGUAUGUGAUAUUGAAAUCAUCUUCAGAAAAAGAGAUGUUCUGUUAUUCUGAAUAUGUCAGUUGAAGGUAUUAUCCAUUGUCGGGGCUGACUACCUUUGCAUGGUAGCCCCUUUAUAGUAUGGUUACAACUGGUUGACCGUUACACGUGAUCGCUCUGUUUUGAGAGCCUGCUGUAUACAAAUAACUGCUGAAAAUGCUCAAAUUGCAAUAACUGUUGUCGUAUGUGCUCCGCUGCAGAUUGUGUGUAAUGAGGUUGCCAUUGGUUUUGUACAUUUCAGAGGUGACGCCCACUCAAAUAUCGUCAAUACUAUAUCGCCUAUUGUCUUCACGUUCCUCCAUCACCCGAGACUGCAUGUGGCCGAUAUGAGGUGCAGCAGCGAACAGGGUCUACUUUUAGACCUGUAAUUGAUUCAGAAUGAGUCUGGGUAGACUGUCUCCCUGACCUUAGAGAAUAUAUUAAGAAGACAUCCAAAUCAAGUCUAGAAUGAUUCCGUUUGUUAAAAAUAGCACUGCAAAGCGGCCAUAUGUAUUCACAGAUGAUGAAGGAACAUAGUGCACACAAAUCCGUGAAGUGUUGACGAUGCAGUCAAAUAUGCUUGUAUAUUAUACUUACAGUCACUGUUUAUUGCGGAACUUCGUUAAUACGAACGGUUCGGUUUCCAGUAAAAUACAUUUACAAUUGUCGUGUUGAGUACGACAUAAGAUGCACAAGUUAAACUUGAAUUUGAGGUUUCAUUAUUUUCAUUGACGUCACUUGGGUCACAACAAACAUAUUGCUUUUUGGUCGGAUUUUGUUAGUCUUGACGAGCAUUGAAAUCACAGUUGCCUCGUGAAUUAUAUAUAUAUUGCCUUUGAGUAGCAGGUGUUUCUGUUCCGAAUGACCGAGUCUAUCAAAGAACGACUAUGCACAGACAUGAGUGACUAAUGUUUGUUAACUUUGGAGGAGGCCUUCACCGAAGGGUGGUAUUCGGGUAGGUGAAAAUUCCUUUUUGUUACGAAAUCUAAUUCUAAAAGGUAGAGUUACAUUUCCGACGAACCGUAAUCGAUUUGUUGUGCCGUUGUGGUAUUUUAAAUUCAUCUUUGCAAAUAAGAACGUUAUCAACAAUUUAUUCUCAAAAAUACAUAUUUAAUCAUAUAUUAUUGAAAUAUUUACAGUUUUAUUUUCAGAAUUGUAUUUAUGACGGUGGAUAUUUUUCAUGUUGCAUGUAUGAGGAAUGCUUGGUCAAUGUCUUUGACGGUUAUUUUUUAAAUAAAAUCUGUUAACGGUAUACGAUUCCGUACAAUAUCACGACCGGAAUUAAACUCUUGAGUCCUAGUCAUUCACUUUGAAGAGCAUCGUUUUGUUUGAGUGACAUUUGAUUUGUCUCUAACAUGGUAUAUGAGUCCGGGUAUUCAUUAAAUCAUGUAUUUUUUCACUUCUGUGAAAAUAGUUCUUUUUAUGUUUUUGUGACAGCAGAUCGAACAUCACGUGUUAACUAUAGCACACAGAUAUUAUAUGACAUAAAGUUUUUAUGCUCAUUUGUUAAAAAGUCGACUAAGCCAUAAACACAAUGCGUGGUGGUCUUCACGUCCCUAGUUACUACAGCUGUAGUCAGUCAAGUGAACCCGUACAGAGUGGCAUUCGUCCAUUUACGUAACCUACGUUCGGCUCGACACGGCACGACACGAGAGGUGACGAAUGACUAAUGAUAAAGCCCCGUAGCAUUGCGUUUAUGCUUUAUGUCGCUUUCCACAAAGCUUUCAUUCUAUGAAGCUAUGAUCUCUGCCUUCAGCAUGUUGCCUCAUGUUUAGUCAUGUAACCAUGUACAAUUAAAACUGGUUAACUGAUUUC